AUGACAGAGUUCAAAAAUUUGCAGACAGCUUAUGACUACUACAACGAAUACGAUCGCAAAAAAGGAUUCUUGAUGAGGAGAUUGAAGGUGGGUCGUAGAACAAAGUACGAGGUCGGAGGGCAAAAUCAUUUUGCAGAUAUUCAUGUGCUCAAGGAAAAGAGAGCGAGAGGGGAAACACAUACAGCGGGGAUCGGGGAGAGAGGUAGAUGGAUCCUCGACCUAUCACACGGUGCAGAUGCGAGGUUUAUGGGUCUGAUGCGAUCACACAGAUCAGUCAAGGAAGGUAAUUUGCACCAAAUCAAUUCAAUGAGGAAAGCUAGCUUGCGAGUGCCGACGAUAUUCCGCACUUUUGUCAAUCAGUCUAGGGGAUUUGAGACUGUUGGGUUCGAGAUAAAGGAUAUCUAUAACGCAAUAGAGAAGCAAAGGCGGGCAGGCACAACAAAUGCUAAUGCCAGUGUGUUCAAGGAUGUCUUGAGAUUUGACGCAACGUACAGUCAAAACAAAUACAAAUAUCCGUUGGUAAUAUUCUCAAGUGUGGACCAUCAUAUGAGGACGGUGGUGUUUGGUUGCGCAAUUUUGAGCAACGAGAGUGAAGAAAGCUAUUUGUGGUUGUUGCGGUUAUUUCUUGAGGCAAUGAAAGAAAAACAGCCGAAAUCCGUCAUGAGAGAUGGGGAUCUUGCAAUGAAGAGUGCAGUUAGUACAGUUUUUCGUCGUGCACAUCAUAGGUUGUGUAGCUGGCAUUUGUUAAGGAAUGCCACUGCUAAGGUUGGACGGCCUGGGUUUCUUUGA